AAUCUACUCGCGGCACGCAAAACACAAACGACCCGCGAUAUGCCUUUAGGAUAGUCCGUUUCUUUGGCGGCAUCAGCCCUCCUCCCCCCUCGUUUGAGCAAGCUUGCUCGCUUACCCCUCCCCUCGUUUUGGUCCCACGCUCUAGUGCGCCGCGCCGCUGUCGCUGAAUAAGGCGUGCUCCCCGUCGACGCCAACGCAGACGCCAAGGCAGCAGCCACCCGCAGCCUGUCAGCUCGCUGCUCGACACGACGACAACUCGUCGACCGCCGACCUUUAUACUUUGAUAAUCUCGUCCUGUACUCUUUGACCCUCUCCAUCCCCCGAGCGAGCCUCGGAACCCGCCCUCGUAGCGACGCGAGGCGACCACCUCAACCUUAUCGAUAUCGCGCCAACCUCCCCCCUCCCCCUUGCAUCCCGUGCUUUACCAAGCGACAAGCGACAAGGCACGCAUACAUAGCACGACUGCCUGCUCGAUGGACCGUGCGGCGCAACUCGACGCGACGAGCGAGGAGCCCAGCGAGAGCGAACGCCGUGUGCCUGCGACCCGCGAGGUCGAGAGAUUAGCCGCGGCUAUGCCCUCUCCUGCCGCCGGGUCGUCGCGCGGCUCUCGCUUCGCCAUGACCCCCCUCCUCGCCUUCUCGUGCUUUGCCCUCCUGGUCGGUGACUUGCUGUUCGGGUACGAUGCGGGGUCUUUUGGUGGCCUUCUUGCGAAUCCAGGCUUUAUCAACCAGUUCGGUGUCCUAGGCAGCAAAGGCUACGCCAUGACCUCGCUGCGCGCGUCGCUCAUGUCGUCGCUGGCCUUUGUCGGCAAGCUGAUAGGGUGCCUAUCGUCGGGGCCGCUGAUCGAGUGGCUGGGGCACCGCAAGGUAUUUGUGGUGCUGUCCGUCGUGUCUAUCAUUGGCAUUAUUUUGGAACUGGCUGCUGCAGAUACUGGAAAUGGUUCAGGCCGCAUCGCACAGUUCAUCGUCGGUCGCAUAGUCGUCUACAUUUCCAUCGGCCUCGUCGAGGUCUGCGUGAGUAUGUACCAGGCGGAGAUUGUUCCAUCCUCUUUACGCGGCUUUGUCGUCGCCUCGCUCCAGCUGUUCCUCAACUCGGGCUCACUGAUCGCCACGGGCGCGAACAAGGCAUACUCCAAGUCGACGACCAGCCACGGGUGGCGUGUGGUUGUGGCCCUCCAAUUCAUCUGGCCAAUCAUCAUCAUGAUUAUUGUGCCCUUCUUGCCCGACUCGCCCCGCUGGCUGCUGUCCAAGGACCGCGAUGCCGACGCGAUCGACUCGCUCAACCGCCUCCGGCCAAAAAUCGACGCCGACACCGGCGCCAACGCCGACGAGCUGGCGACGAUCAAGGCCCAGCUCGCCGAGCGCGUUCACAAGGCGCCGUGGCUCCAGACACUUCAAGGGACCAACCUCCGCCGUACCGGCCUUGUGGUCGCAUACUAUACUUACCAGCAAAUCACUGGGCAGGCGUUCAUGUCGACAUACCAGACCAUGUUCUACAAGAACAAUGGGUACGCCGACCAGGCGUUCACAUACCCCAUCAUCAAUGCGGUGCUGUCCAUCGUCGCAGUGUUGCCGUGCAUGCUGCUGCUGGACACGGUCGGGCGGCGUCCCCUCCUCCUUGCGAGCUUUUUCGGCCAGGCGCUCUUCCUCUUCCUCCUCGCGGGUGUCGGCGGCAAGCACUACAAGUCGCAGCCAAUGCGCGAUGGCUGUGUCGCCUUCUUCAUGCUCUUCAGCGUCAGCUAUAGCCUCGGAGGCGCACCCGUCCCAUACCUCCUGGGCGCCGAGCUGCCGACACAUGCGUUGCGCGAGAAGACCUCGACGAUCGGCACGUCAAUAAACGUCGUGUUCGCGUUUGCCACCAACUUUGCCCUCCCGUACAUGCUCAAAGCUAUGAGCUUCCGAGUCGGCUGGAUCUUUGGUGGCAUCAGCGUCACUGCGAUUGUGUUCACGUUCUUCUUCCUGCCCGAAACCAAGGGCCUCGUGCUCGAGGACAUCGAUGAGGUCUUUUCACGCCCGUUCAACCCGUUCCGUACGAACACGCCAAACCCCAAAGCCCGACCACGCCUGCCGCACGAGGACACGGGCUUGUCGAGCCGCAAGGAGUCGGGGAGCGAAGGCGCGUCGGCCGUGUAGUGUAGAACCCGUGUACCUGCCACAACAAUAGCCUAACGCCUUAACUGUAGCCAUACUAGACUG